CAAGGCAAACUACUUUCUGGAAUCAAAACCUCCAGUGAUAUGCAGAUUAGUUGGCAAAAAGGUUCUGGAUGGGAUUGGUCGGCCAAUUUUGGAAGUGGAAGUGUCUUGCCGAAUUAAGGAGCGUGAAAAGCGGGUUUGUUCCAGCACGAUCUCUUCUCAUGCUGAAAUGCUUGAAAAUGCCUCACCCGAAGCAUUUGAUGCUGACGAAAAGGAAAGAUACGAAUCUAUAAAUACAGCACUUGAAUGGGUAAAUGAAUCAUUCAAUGAAAUGUUCAGAGGCCUUCAACCUACUGACCAGUUUAACAUCGAUAAACUACUAGGUGAAUACUUUUCAAAGAAAGCUGAAGAAGAUAAAACAAGAAGGGAAGCUGAAAAAGAUAAAGAAACCCAGGAGGCUGCGCUUCCUGUUUUUCAACCUCAACCUGCUGCACCUGCUUCUGGAAAAAAGAAAUCCACCAAACCAGGGAAGAAGGCUUCUGUGAUGGAGAAACCAAUCCUGCCAGCAGAACCCCCUGAACCAAUAGUUAAGGGAAGCAUGGCUGUUGGGUGUGUAUCACUUGCUCUUGCAAAGACGGCAGCAAUAAUUCGUGAGAUACCUUUAUACCUGCAUGUUGCUUUGCUGAAACCCAGUCAGGAGAUGCCUAAAGAACUAGCUGUGCCAUUACCAAUGAUAACAGUUUUGAGCUGUGGCAAAUCAUCGCCUGGAAAACUGAAUUUGAUGAAGGAAGUGAUGCUUAUACCUCCAGCCUGGCUAACAGUUAAACAAGCUAUGGAAAGAUGUCUGGAUAUUCAGAAACAGCUGAUGAAGAUGAUAGAACCUCCAGUACAACAGCCAAUCUCCAUGGGAGAGAGUAAAAAGUCUGCUUCACGCGAUGCUGGAAAAAAAGCUCCGCCUCCUUUUCUUAAAAAAAUAUCUCACUUAGGCUGCCUUGUAAUUGGGAGUGAAAGUCUAGAACAUCCUCUGACCUUGAUCCAAUUGGCUUGUGCAAAUCUGUCCUUGCAAUUAGGCAUUGAUAUGUACUUGGGGCUAAACUGUGCUGCACAUGAACUAAUGGACUAUAGUAAGGGAAAAUAUGAAAUACUGCUUGGAACACACAAGACCGCUGAUGAAAUGGUUGACGUAUACCUAGAACUGACUAAUAAAUUCCCUUCUAUCAUCACAUUUAUAGAUCCACUGAGGAAAGAGGACAAGCAGCAGUGGAUUGUCUUGCGCAAUACUCUGGGUUCUAAGUGUUAUCUAAUCGCAGAAGAUUGCUGCAGGAGUGUGUCUAAACUUCUGGAGGACGAAGGCAUGAGCACACCCAAAUGCAGGGGUCUUGUCUUAAAAUAUACCAAUGAAACUAAAAUUUCUGACCUUGUACAGGCAACGCAGCUUUCAGAUGGUCGGAAGCACAUUUUUGUAUUAGGAAGUCCAGAUGGAGAGUCUACUGAUGACAGUCUUGUGGACCUGGCUGUUGGACUGGGAACCAGGUUCAUCAAAUUGGGAGGUCUUUCACGUGGAGAGAGAGUGACGAAAUACAACCGGCUUCUUGCUAUAGAGGAGGAACUGUGCAAGAAUGGAAGACUCUGUGAAAGAGAGGAGCAUGAAUUUCUUGAUUUUACUGAGGAGGAGGAAGAAGAGGAAGAAGAAGAACCUGAUUAUACUGAUUUUGCUGCAGGAACAGUUCAUACUGCUGUGUAGAAAAGGAUAUUUCAGAUCUCACAUUUCUUGGCUUAGAAGCAGCUUAGAAUAAUUCAUGUCAAAGCACACUAUAUCUUCCUCUGUUUACCAGGAUGAAAAAAGCAGCUUAUAUAUUUCUGAUUUUGGCUAUUGUGUGAAGAGAUAUUCUCUAGCUUCUUUAGCAAGAUCCCAAAAUACCCCCAGGACAGUUUUCAGAUCCUGGGGGUUCCUGCUCCAACCAUCUACAGAG